UGUGGUGAAUGUGAUCACACUCUGUAAAACAUCAAACGGGCGUCAGAUUGUUUGAGCCUGUGCAUUCGAUGUGAAUUUAUGUCUCUUAAGACUCCAAAUCCAUGUCAUCUCACCUACAACAUGAUGGAACGUCUAUUCUUGUUGCUCCUCUUCUGUCAUGGUGCAUCUUCAAUGACUCACAGUCUGAGUGUUUACUUCACUGGAUCGCUGGGAGACAGAAACCUGCCAGAGUUUGUUGGUGUUGCAAUGGUUGAUGGAGUUGGAGUUCUUUACUGUGACAGCAACAUCCAAAGAGCAGAACCCAGACAGAACUGGAUGACAAAGCUGAUGGAAGACGACCCAGCACAGAUAGACUGGUACAACAAUGAGUGUCGGGAAAGUCACAGUUUCUUCCAUAACAUCACGGAGGAUCUGACGUUAAACUUUAACCAGACAGAAGGUGUCCACACUAUGCAGAGAAUGUUUGAAUGUGAAUGGGACGAGGAGACUUCAGAGAUUCGUGGUUUUUAUCAGUUUGGCUACAAUGGAGAAGACUUCAUAAUGUUUGAUUUGUACUCAAAGACGUGGAUCGCUGUGAGAGCUGAGGCUGUCAUCACCAAACAUAAGUGGGAAUCAAACAGAGCUGGAUUAUCUCACACUGUCAAUCAUCUCACUCAGCUUUGUCCCGAGAGGCUGAAGAAGUAUUUGAACUACGGGAGGAGCUUUUUAAUGAGGAAAGACGUCGCCUCAGUGUCUCUCCUCCAGAAGACUCCCUCCUCUCCAGUCAGCUGCCACGCUACAGGUUUCUACCCUGACAGAGCCAUGAUGUUCUGGAGGAAAGAUGGAGAGGAGAUUCAUGAAGGAGUGGAACAAGGAGAGAUCCUCCCCAACCAUGAUGGAUCCUUCCAGCUGAAUGUUGACCUGGACUUUUCAUCAGUCUCAGACUGGGGGAAGUAUGAGUGUGUGUUUCAGCUCUCUGGUGUGAAGGACAUCAUCACCAAACUGUAUGAAACACAGAUCAGAACCAACACAGUUCCAGGUUACCCUCGUGGUCUUUUAAUAGUCAGAGGUGUUGGACUGCUGCUCCUGGUGGUGGUCGCCAUCAGUGGACUCAUCAUCUGGAGGAACAAAAUAAACGACCAAAAGGCUCCACCUGAUAGUGAAGAAGCUCUGAGUCUCUGAGAGACUGGAUCCAGAAACCUGAUGGAGUUGAUUCAUAACUCGUUAGUCUGUCAAACCAAACUCAGCAUCAUUUUCUGCUCUAUAAUGUUUUGAUGCCACAGUUGAGAAGAUGUUUUUCUUGAGCCACGUUGUGUUCUUCUCUCUGGGUUAACACACAAUAGAUGAAAGUAGACUGGAGCUUUGUAACUGUUUCACUGGUCGUCACCUCCCUGAGGAUAAAAUAUAAUUUUAAUCUAUGCAAGCAAAACAGAAUAUAUAAAAGUAAUAUAUUUGUUUUUAAUUAAAAGAUCUUUCUCAUGUUAAAAGUUUAUUUUUUCAGUCUCCACCAGCUUUAUCAGUAACAAGGACUGUACACAUCUGAUGAUGAUGAUGAUGAUGAUGAUGUUUAAAUGUGAGCUCACCUGAACUCUCACAGCAGUUACUUGUUCUCUUACAGCUCAUUGUAUUGAUUGAACUUUAAUGUGUAUGAAGAUCCUAAUGAAUAUGUUUAAAUGCUGAACCAACCAUCUGAGCUGGUUUUAGUUCAUACUGUGAUUUAGGUUGAAAACACAUUUGUACCUGUGAAUAAAUAAUUACAGUCUUUCCAAUAAAGCAAAUGAGAAAAUGUGAAUGUGUCUCUAGAUCUUAUCAUGUGUUUCUGCUUCAUCUAAAGCUGCUUGUCUCUACUUGUCUGAUG